UUCAUACAGUGGGGAUAUUGGGGGAAAAGUUCGACACCGAGAGGUUAGUGUGGAAACGAGCAUUAGGGACGCCGGAUUCUUUCGAAGUGUCUUACGAGCAGCGGUUGCCGCUUAAGAAGAGGGUCGAUUGUCGUCAGAUGAUUUAAGAUGGGGGGACUCGGGAGAACGAGAGAAUCGGCAAAUGGAGCUGCUGUUCCUGCUUCUCGCAACCUUUGAGAAAAUGGAGAGAAAGAGCCGUUCUGGGCUUCGGAGACUCUCAAGAACACUUUUGCUAAUCUGCCGACUCCAUGCACUGUUCCGAUUUCUACAGGUCUUGUUCCAAAGAGAACAAGCAUUUCCUAGCAUUUCAAGACAAAGUCAGAGAUGUUUCUUGUAAGCAAGAUUUAUAAUGACUGGUUUACAGCUGUUGAAUCAGCAAUUGAUGUAGCUGCGGAAGAGAUGUUUCUUACAGUGUACCUCACUAACAACGAACAACACUUCACAGAAGUACCAGUCACUCCAGAAACAACUUGCAAAGAUGUAGUAGAUUUAUGCAAAGAGCCCGGUGAGACUGAAUGUCAUCUGGCAGAAGUAUGGGGUGGGUUAGAACGCCCUGUAGCUGAUAAUGAGCGUAUGUUGGAUCUUCUGCAGCGCUAUGGAGUCCAAAGAAAUGAGGUUCGCUUUUUUCUUCGCUAUGAACGACCUCCUACUCGAGAAACAGGGAGUGGGUCAUGGAUGCAAGAUCCAAGUUUAAAGAGAAAUGGCAUUAAAAUGCCAGGUGAAAGGAAAAUGGAGAAUGGAGUCAUUGUUCCUCGGAUGGAUAUGACGCUGGCAGAACUGCAGGAAAUGGCAGCACGACAACAGCAGCAAAUAGAAGCACAACAGCAAUUGCUGGCUAACAAGGAACAGCGUUUAAAAUUUCUGAAGCAGCAGGAUCAACGACAGCAGCAACAAGCUGCAGAGCAGGAGAAACUCAAAAGAUUAAAAGAAAUUGCUGAGAAUCAGGAAGCCAAGCUGAAAAAAGUGAGAGCACUUAAAGGCCAUGUUGAGCAGAAACGGCUCAGUAAUGGGAAAUUAGUGGAGGAGAUUGAGCAGAUGAAUAGUUUGUUCCAGCAAAAACAACGAGAACUGGUACUGGCUGUGUCAAAGGUAGAGGAACUUACUAGGCAAUUGGAGAUGCUGAAGAAUGGUCGGGUUGAUGGUUUCCAUGACAACCAGUCUGCUGUAGCUGAGCUUGACCGCCUGUAUAAAGAACUUCAGCUGAGGAACAAGCUAAACCAGGAGCAGAAUGCCAAGCUGCAACAACAGAGGGACUCUUUAAACAAACGCAACUCGGAGGUGGCAGUUAUGGAUAAGCGUGUUAAUGAGCUGAGGGAACGGCUGUGGAAAAAGAAAGCUGCGCUGCAGCAGAAAGAGAAUGUACCAGUGUCUUCAGAUGGGAACCAGCCACAACCAGUUGUAUCUGCUCCAAGCCGAGUGGCAGCUGUUGGUCCUUAUAUCCAGUCUUCCACCAUGCCACGUAUUGCCUCAAGGAAUGAACUGUUAGUCAAACCGGCCUUUCCAGAUGGGACUCCAACCUUACAAGUUGUUGAUGGUCCAUUAAAAACGCAGACAUUGCCAAACAUGAGAUCUGGUGUUCUUUCACAGACAAAAGCUCCUAGUGGAACUACAACUGCUGCUUCAAAACCCCCACUUGCUAUCAGUGAUUGGAAUAACUUAAGUGCUGAUAGCUUUAUCAAUCAAGGCUCAACUUCUUCAGUGAUAAAUGUUGGUAGCAACAUUGAAGGAAAAGCUGGUGAAGGAGAUGUAGCUUUUAGAGAAAGAGAAAAGAAAGUGCGCCCCCUUUCUAUGUUUGAUUCCGUUGAAUCAAACGGAAGUACUUCUGUGCCUACAACAACUACACUGAGAAAAAAUCAGAGUAGUGAAGACCUCCUGCGUGAUGGCCAGAUGGGCACUAAAAGUGUCGCAAAAAUACCACCACCUGUUCCUACCAAGCCAAAACAGAUCAAUUUACCUUAUUUUGGCCAAACUGGUCAGCUUCCUUCAUCAGAUGCUAAGCCUGAAUGUAAUGUCCAGAAGCUGCCUCUGGCAAUUGCCAGCGCAGGAAGUAAGCAGAAGCCACCAGCCGCACUGACACCACCAGCAUCUCAAUAUGCUCAACAAAAAAUAUGUGUUUCCCCAAGUGGCCCUCCCCCUAAUCUGGAUCUAGCUCUUCCCAAACAAGAGAGUCCCCCUGCAGCAGCUGUGAGACCUUUCACUCCUCAGCCAACCAAAGAAGCACCUCCACCACCUUUUCGAAAGCCACAGACUGUGACUACAAGUUCCAUCUACAGCAUGUAUACAAAGCAGCAAACCCCUGGGAAGAACUUUCAACAGGCAGUGCAGAGUGCUCUGACAAGAGCCCAAACUAGAGGACCUCAUUUCCCAAGUGUAUAUGGAAAGCCAGUUAUUGCUGCAGCUGGUGUCCCAAACCAACAGCAGCAGAUGGACAAUAAUUAUUCAAAUACACAAGGCAAGCCAGCUAGUCCAGAGCCUGAAAUGGAAUCUACAGUUUCGGCCAGUGAAAAUAAUGAAACAGAACGUAUUCCUCGCCCGCUCAGCCCAACCAAGCUUUUGCCUUUCUUGUCAAAUCCGUACCGAAAUCAAAGUGAUGCUGAUCUGGAGGCCCUUCGGAAGAAGCUGUCCAAUGCACCAAGGCCACUGAAGAAACGUAGUUCUAUUACUGAGCCAGAAGGUCCUAAUGGGCCCAACAUUCAGAAAUUAUUGUACCAGAGGACAACUCUGGCUGCUAUGGAGACUAUUUCUGCCCCAUCAUAUCCACCAAAGCAAACUUCAGCUACAGUUACUGAAAUCUCAACAGAAAUCCCAAAUCCUUACUUAAACUCAGAAAUGGUAAAAGAAGUGAUUCCUACUCCACCUGAGCCAACUAUUUCAGAGGAAGCAGAAAGCCCAAAUUCUGAUUCCAAUACUAAUUCUCUGCCUUCAUCAGGAUUAGAUAGUGUUCUUGAGGGGACCUCUGACAUCACUUCUCUCAUUCAGCCUGAAAUGGAAGAACCAAGUUUAGAUGUGCCUUUGCCUAUUGACAUAUACAUGGAAGAAUAUCCUCCCUACCCACCACCUCCGUAUCCUUCAGGAGAACCAGAGAGCUUGGGAGAGGACUCAUUCAAUAUGCAACCUCCUGAAGUCACAGGACAAUUUUCUUUACCACCUGGUAAGCGGACAAACCUGCGCAAAAUUGGCUCAGACAGGAUUGGUCACGGAAUGCGAGUAAAAUUCAAUCCACUUGCUUUGCUUCUAGAUUCAUCCCUUGAGGGGGAAUUUGACCUUGUACAGCGGAUUAUUUAUGAGGUUGAAGAUCCCAGUUUGCCCAAUGACGAAGGCAUUACAGCACUUCACAAUGCUGUCUGUGCUGGUCACUCAGAGAUUGUGAAAUUUUUGGUACAGUUUGGUGUAAACGUAAAUGCUGCAGAUAGUGAUGGAUGGACUCCAUUGCAUUGUGCAGCAUCUUGCAAUAAUGUCCAGGUGUGCAAAUUUCUAGUGGAAUCGGGUGCUGCUGUAUUUGCCACAACAUACAGUGACAUGCAGACUGCAGCAGACAAGUGUGAAGAAAUGGAAGAAGGCUAUACUCAGUGUUCCCAGUUUCUUUAUGGAGUGCAAGAAAAAAUGGGUAUAAUGAACAAAGGAGUAGUUUAUGCUCUCUGGGAUUACGAAACUCAGAAUGAGGAUGAGCUAUCCAUUAAAGGAGGGGAUUGCAUGACAGUCCUUCGCCGGGAAGAUGAAGAAGAAAUAGAAUGGUGGUGGGCUCAGCUAAGUGACAGAGAAGGCUACGUGCCACGGAACUUGCUUGGGCUAUACCCAAGGAUUAAGCCAAGGCAAAGAAGCUUGGCAUGAAAAUGUUAGAAGCAAUUUUAUGAAGUAUUAACUGCAGGAUGUUUUCCUUUUCAUCUGCAGAAAUGCACCUGUGAGACUUCCUUUGGUAAUAAUGUGAUAUAAAAGCAAGGCUGAAUAUACCUUGAAAACAUAUGAAGGAUAAAAAUUAUAGAAGAAAUUCUACAAUGCUAUUUUCUCAAGCAAUGAAUUAGUUUCCCCUUUAGGCAAAUUAGACCUGAUGGUCAAUCACUGCCUUCUUUGCUCCUACAGUAGCUUUCUUUCCACCCCCUUUUGUAACUUACUAGUAAGAUAGAACCCAACAAUUGCUCCAAACAGUCUCUCUUAAACCUUUUUCAUUCCAUUCUGUAGAAACAGAGCAAUGUUAAGUCAGGUAACCUUUUCAUAUAGAAACUAGUAAUGUUGUGCUUUUAAAAUGUCUUAGUAGCAGAGCUAAUGGGAUGAAAUGUCAUGGAAUCUGUUGAAUUAAGGAAUCUAAAGCAGUUCUUUGAGCAAUAAUUUUAAGUGCAGUAGCAUUUUAGGAUUCCAAAGUAUUUGAAAUAUGUCACAUGUGAUGCAGCUUAUGUGGGGUGUUCUUUUUUGUCCUUACAAACAAUAUGUUUGUAACUUCGGUAUUAAACGUAGAGAAGCCAGUUUUUGCAUCUCAUAAAUUUUGUUAAAACUAUAUUUUCCUUAACUGUGAUUAAACAUUUGCUUCAGAAAAUA